ACCUUCCUCUUGCAGGUCUCAGCUCCUGCAAACAUGGCGUUGUGGGUCCAGACGGACUUUUGUUCCGCAGAGAAGAACUUCUACGCCGCACCGGAACCUGCAAGAAGUGGUCGUGUGUGCUGCUGAGACAUGAAAGUUCUGAUGGAGAAGAACCGAGCUGCCAGGGAGAAGUUCUCUUUGUCGGGCUCUCGCUCCACCGCCUCCUCAUCACCGUCCUCCCAGAAAAGGGCGGGGCUUCCGUCAGGGUCCAAACCCGCUUCGACGAAAGCCGAGUUGUUGGCGCGGGUGCGUUGCAGUAACCGGGCCUGCCAGCAGGGGGACUUGGCGCUGGCGGUGCGUCUCUACACCGACGCCUUGACCUUGGACCCCCAGAACUGCGUCCUGUACAGCAACCGCUCGGCGGCCCACCUCAGACUGGGUCGCUACACCUCGGCGCUGGAGGACGCCAACAAGGCGCGAGCCAUCAACCCCAAAUGGACCAAGGCGUACUUCCGUCAGGCGGUGGCGCUGCAGUACCUGGGUCGCCAUGGCGACGCCCUGGCAGCGUUCGCAUCAGGCCUGGCUCAGGAUCCCAAGAGUCUGCAGCUGCUGUCGGGUAUGGUGGAGGCCGCCAUGAAGUCCCCCCUCAGAGGCACCUUGAAGCCCACCUACCAGCAGCUCCGCUCCAUGAAGCUGGACAGGAGCCCCUUCAUGGUGGUCUCGGUCAUCGGCCAGGAGCUGCUGACUCACGGCUUCCACGCCGCCGCCGCCAGCGCCCUGGAGGCGGCGCUCAAGAUCGGCACGUGCUCGCUGAAGCUGCGCGGCUCCGUCUUCUCGGCCCUGGGCGCCACGUACUGGUCGCUAGGCAACACGGAGAAGAGCCUGGCCUACAUGCAGCAGGACCUGGAGGUGGCUCGGACUCUGGGCGACCAAUCAGGCGAGGGCCGCGCCCAUGGCAACCUUGGCUCCGCCCUCUUCUCCAAAGGCAGUUACCGAGAAGCGCUGGCCAAUCACAGACGACAACUCGUGCUGUCCAUCAAGCUGAAGGACAAAGAGGCGGCGUCUGACGCCCUCAGUAGUUUGGGCCACGUCUACACGGCCAUCGGCGACUAUCCCAACGCGCUAACCAGCCACAAGCAGUGCGUGGCGCUGGCAACGCAAGUCGGAUGCCGGCUGUCGGAGGCCCGUCAGCUCGGGAACACGGGCGCCGUUUACGUGGCACUUGGGGACUUUGCCAGUGCCGUCCAGUGCCACCAGCAGCACUUGGACAUCGCCAAGACGCUGGAGAACCGCCAGGAGGAGGCUCGGGCCUACAGCAACCUGGGCAGCGCCUACCACUCCCAGCGGGACUACGACAAGGCCGUGUCCUACCACACUCGAGUCCUGGAGCUCUCGCACCAACUGGCGGACCGGACCAUCGAAAUGAGGGCCUUGGCCGGGCUGGGCCACGCGGCCCGAUGCAUGCAGGACCUGGAGAGGGCGCUGCAGUACCACCAACAGCAGAUGGACAUCGCUGAGGAGCUGCAGGACAAAGCAGCUCAGGGCCGAGCCUCCUCCAACCUCGGCAUCAUCCACCAGCUGAGGGGCGACUACGAGGAAGCUCUGAAGCUCCACCAGGCCCACCUGACCUGCGCCCAGGAUCUGGGUGACUACGCCGCCCAGGGGAGAGCAUACGGCAACAUGGGCAACGCCUAUCACGCCCUGGGCCUCUACGAGCAAGCUGUGCAUUACCACCGCCAAGAACUGCACAUCUCACUGGAGGUGAAUGACAGACCGUCACAGGCCUCAACGCAUGGCAACCUGGCGGUGGCCUACCAAGCGUUGGGUGCUCUGGACCGAGCCCUCCAGCACUACAUGCAGCACCUGACCAUCUCCCGCGAGCUCCGUGAUGCUCAAAGUGAAGCUAGAGCUUUAGCAAACUUGGGCAACUUCCACAGCUACAGAGGCGAAUACUCUCAGGCCUUACAGUACUACCAGCAGUACUUGGUCCUGGCUCCUGGGCUUCAGGACCUGGAGGAAGAGGGCAAAGUCUGCCACAACCUCAGCUAUGCUCACUUCUGCCUGGGACAGUACGAGGAUGCUGUCAGAUACUCUGAGCAAGACCUGGCCUUAGCCAAAGACCUGCAGGACAAGCUGGCUCAGGCCAAAGCCUACUGUAACCUGGGCCUGGCCUACAAAGCCUUGGGGGAGUUCAGUCGAGCAGAAGAGUGUCACAGAUAUCUUUUCUUGCUAGCACAAGCUUUGAACAAUACACAGGCAGUCUUCAGGGCUUUGGGGAACCUUGGAGACAUCAGUGUUUGUCAGGGGGAUCUUCCAGGAGCAGUCAGCGUCUACCAGCAGCAGUUAUCUCUGGCUCAGGAGCUCCCUGAUCAGAAGAUGGAGGCCGACGCCUACUCAGCUCUAGGCUCAGUUCACAGGAUGCUUGCCCAGCUGGACGCGUCCUUGUCCUUCCACAGCCAGGAGCUGACCCUGCGCAAAGAUCUGGGCGACCUUCGGGGAGAGUGCCACGCCCUGGGUCACCUGGCCGCCGUGCACAUGGCUCUGGGAGACUACUGCACCACCCUGCAGUGCUAUGAGGCUCAGCUGGGCCUGGCUCAGCGGCUCCACGAUGCUCGUCUGGAGGCCCAGGUUUACGGGAACAUGGGUAUCACCAAGAUGAACAUGGGGCUCUUUGAGGAAGCCAUUGGCUUCUUUGAGCAGCAGCUGGCCACGCUGCAGCAGCUGAGCGAGAGGGAGGGCGUGUCGGAUCGAGGAAAGGCUUAUGGGAACCUGGCUGGCUGCUACGAAGCCCUGGGAGACUUCGAGGAAGCCAUUCAGUGCUACGACAAGUCCCUGACUGUGGCCCAGAAUCUCAACCUUGUCCAGGAUCAGGAGAAAGCCUAUAGAGGACUUGGCAAUGCUCACAGGUCUGUGGGCAACCUCCAGCAAGCGUUGGUGUGCUUUGAGAAGAGGCUGGUGGUGGCCCACCAGCUGGGUGGGGCAGCAGGGAGCAAGGCGCAGGCUUACAGCGAGCUGGGAGAUCUGCACAGCCAACAGGGAAACUACGAGCAGGCCUUGUCCUGCCUGGAACACCAGCUCAACAUUGCCCGCUCAGCCGGGGAUAAGUCCCUGGAAGCUGAAGCCAGCGAUGCACUCGGUGGCGUUUAUCAGCUGAUGGCCGACUACGAGACAGCCAGGCAGUGGCACCAAAGAGCUUUGGACAUAGCGGAGCAGACGGGCUGCACCAAGAACCAGGCCCGAGCCUACGGGAACCUGGGCUUGACCUACGAAGCGAUGGGGAACUUCCAGAGGGCUUUGGUCCUCCAGGAGCAGCACCUGAGCGUGGCAGCGCAAAACAACGACCUGCCGGCCAAAACACUGGCCUACGCCAGCCUGGGAAGGAUCCACCAUGCUCUGCACAACUACCCGCAGGCCGUCAUGUACCUGCAGGAAGGUCUGCGCCUGGCCGAGAAGUUAGCUCGCAGAGAAGACGAAGCCAAGAUACGCCAUCGCCUCGGCUUGUCUCUGUGGGCCGCUGGGAACAUGGAGGAGGCCCAGCACCAGUUGUGCAGAGCGUCAGUUGUGUUUGAGACAAUCCGCCGUGAGACGCAGCACAGUUCGGACUACAAGCUGUCGCUGUUUGACCUGCAGACCAGCUCCUACCAGGCUCUCCAGAGAGUCCUGGUCAGCCUGGGCCGCCACCAGGAGGCGCUGGCCAUAGCGGAGCGAGGGCGCACGCGGGCCUUCGCCGACCUCCUGGUGGAGCGUCAGAAAAGGCGCCAGCAGUCGGACCCGUACGCCCCCGUCACAGUGGAGCACAUCCUGGAGACGGUCAACUCCCAGAAGGCCUUGGUGUUGUACUUCUCGCUGGCGGGGGGCUUCCUCUACAGCUGGCUCAUGUCUCCUGGCGCAGGCAUCAUCAAGUUCCACCAGGUUUGUCUCGGAGACGCUUCAGAGGUCCAAGAUGGCGGCUGGAGUCCGCAAGGUGGUGGUCCACUUUCUCUGGACCAGUACGUUUGCAACGCCAGAGAGGUUCUGGGUGUUGAUGGACAUCUGGACAGGGUCCAUCCAGGCAGCGAGACAGAGAGUGAAGCGGGAGAUGUUCUGGAUCAGCACUUUGACGAGCCGGACAUGAAAAUGAGCUCCGAUGACGACCCCAGCGGCUACUUGCGCAUGGUGUCAAGGAACAACAUCUUUAACAGAAGCUGCCGGAGCGUCAGCAGCCUCAGCUCCGUGUCUUCAUCGAAGGACGGAGCGUGCUCUCCUCCUUGCUGGACGGGAAACAAGGCGCCUCUGCGGGCCCUUUACGACUUACUCAUCGCGCCCAUGGAGGCGGCCCUGAUGCACGGUGGCGGACACAGGCAGCUGGUUUUAGUCCUGGAAGGAGACUUGUACCUGGUGCCAUUUGCCUUGCUCAAAGGCAGCUCUUCUAACGAGUACCUCUACGAGAUGUUUAGUCUGGUUUGUGUGCCGUCGCUUGCCAGCCUCCAAGCCUCCAUGAAGGUGAGACCCUCGGAGGAUAUCAAGUCGCCGGGCUGUGAUGGCGGUUCGGUGGCCGCCGUGGUGGGGGCGCCCCGCCUGCCCCCCGGCCUGAUGAGGCGCUGGCUGUGGGGGCCGCUCCCCUCCGCCCAGGACGAGGCCGUGUGGCUGGGAGAGCAGCUGGGGUGUCGCCCGCUCACCGGAGUCAACGCCACAAAGGAGCGCCUCCUCUCUGCGCUGACGCGGGCAGAGUGCGUUCACUUGGCCACUCACGUCUCCUGGAAGCUCGCCGCCUUGGUCCUCGCUCCCGGGAAGGAGCGACGGAAGAUGACGGCGGGCGAGGCCGCACGCCAAGACGGAGACGAGGACGACGUCUGCGAGAGCACGCCGCUUCAAGACGUCCUCCUCACGGCGGCAGACAUCUUGGAGCUCAACCUUCACGUCAAACUGGUGGUCCUCAGGUCGUACGCCGAGUCCAGCUGCAGGGUGACCGCGGACGGCGUGGUGGGUCUGACGCGAGCCUUCCUGGCCGCAGGGGUCCGUUGCGUGUGCGUGUCGCUGUGGCCCACGCCGGCCGCCGCCUCCAAGCUGUUCACUCAAACCUUCUACGGCGCCCUACUGGGCGGGACCACGGCCAGCGCUGCCCUCGGCGAGGCCAUGAGGACCCUGCAGACCACCAAGAACUUCUCCCACCCUUCCAACUGGGCAGGUUACCUUCUAAUUGGCAGCGACGUGAAGGUGAACAGUCCCAAGUCUCUGGUCCGACAAGCCUUAGCAGAGAUCCUGCAGCACACAGAGCGGGCCAGGGACGCCCUCAGAGUACUUCUGCACUUGGUGGAGAAGUCUUUGCAGCGUAUUGACAGUGGGCAGCACAACCCCAUGUACACGUCACAGCAGAGUGUGGACAAUAAGGUGGGCGGGGUGCCCGGAUGGCGAGCCCUGCUGUCUGCAGUCGGCUUUCGCUUGGACCUGGGCGGCGCCGGUCUCCCCGCGGCCGUGUUCUUCCCCACGUCGGACCCCGGAGAGCGUCUGCAGCAGUGCAGCAUCUCCCUGCAGUCCCUGCUUGGGCUCGGCACUGCAGCUCUUCAGGCUCUCUGCAAACUGCUCACAGCACCCGAAGCUGGAGAGCAGCUUAUACACAAGCUUCACCAGGUGCUGGUGCAGCUGCAGUCGUCUGACACGGAGCACGACUUCUCAUCGGCUCCCAUCCGAGCGUCCAUCGGCGUGAAACUGUGGAGACUGCCGGGCUGCCACGAGUUCCUCGCCGCACUCGGUUUCGACCUGUGUGAGGUGGGUCAGGAGGAGGUUGUGUUGAAGACGGGGAAGCAGGCCAGUGGAAGGGUCAUGCACUUUGCCCUCCGGUCACUGCUGGCUCUCUUUGACUCCACGGAUCUUCCCAAGCGCCUAAGCACGGACAGCUCGUCCUCGCUGGAGUCCCUCUCCUCCUCCUCGCAGUCCACGCCCCAGCCUCCAUCUUUCCCCGCCUCCCUCAGCUGCUCCCCGCCUCGGCCCUCCUUCCCGCCUCCGGUCUGCCCGGACGCGCUGUCCUGCGACGCCAUCUCCGUCUACAGCCUCAGCUCCCUCACCUCCUCCCUCAGCUUCCUGUCGCGCCCGGAGCCCGCGGGAAGUGAUGUCACCUCGUAUCCGCAGGGAGGCCGAGCGAGGCGGCUGACCAAUCCCGGCAGAGGAGACGAUUAUGGCGGAUACUCCAUCAUCAGCAGCGAGCCUCUGAGGCCAGGGGUGAAGGGUAGUGACACUCUGCCGCCGCCUGCAGUACACCACCAUAGGAGGACUGGGGAAGGCUGCGUCACGGCGUCCUCCAAAGGAAGCAUCAGCACGCCGACGUCUCCUUCAAAGGCUCCUCCGGUUCCCAGCAAACCCAAACAGGAAACGACAAGCAAAGCCAAAAUGAGCAGCUAUGAGUCGGACCACUCCAGUACAGAGACCGACAGCACCGUCAAGUCCCAGGAGGAGAGGAGCGGGCCUGCGGGACAAGUGGACCCCCAGGAACUGGCCCGCAAGAUCCUGGAGGAGACCCAGAGCCACAUGAACGCUGUGGAGAACCUGCAGAGAGCUAACGCCCGAGCACGCACGCCCAGGAGGAACGAGGGGAAGCAGCACUCUCUCUCCACCCCGACCACCCCCAUUCUCAGCAGGGGGGCGCGGACCUUCCAAGCCUCAGAGACCAGCGCCUUCAGUAGACCUGCGAGCAGGGCGAGUCUAAGAUCUCUGUCCACCCCCCGUCCCCUCCGAAGUCCUCUCUCGCCCAAGGCGCCCCGGCCAAAGCCACCAAGCCGCUCUUCUUCCCUGCAGAAGCUCGCUCCGUCCUCACCUGUCACCGAGUCUCAGCUCAGACCAAACCUUCCCCCUUCCUCUCCAGUCACCUCCAGUGUGAAGCAAGAUGCGAAACGCUUCAGGGUGGUCCACAAACAGGAGGGGGCGUGCCCUGCGAGCGUCCUUCCUGGUGGGGGGAAGAAAAUGAGCAGAGUGCAGAAAGAUGUUUUGGGUUUGCUGAACCUCUCGCCCCGACAGAAGGCACGUGAUGAAGCUAAACCUCCUCCUGCCUCCAAACCACCGACAAAUACGAAAUUUCCUUCUGGAAAUGGCUUCAAGUUUCUAGCAGGACAUUUUUUCCCUUCUUCUAAAUGUUGACGCCUUCUUCUUCGGUUUCCAUGGUGAUUCUGGUAGGACCUGGUGGUCUGAGGAGCUCCAUAAGGUGGAAGUUCCAACAAGUUCCUAUAAAAUAGUUUGGAGAGAUGUGACGAUGAGGGUGAAGCUUUGGUUUUAAUGAAUGUUAGUUUGAGUGUCCUGAAGAGGAAGAAGACUAGACAAUGCAGAAGUGAGACUUUUGUCAUACAUAUUUUGUCUGUAAACAUUGACAGAAACUAUCCGUUUCUCAGCAAAACACAUUUUAGGUGACACCUGCUGAAGCCAUAAGAACGAUUUAUAUUUUACUCGAUUGAACUUUUCUGUACAUAAUCACUAAAGCUCUAUGUGUAUGUUGUUAAAUAAAUGACACUUUCCAGCUAU